AAGACAACUGUUUUCAUUGGCUAGCUUUGCCGCCAUAAUGUGAACCAUUUUCCCAUUGGUCGAUGUUUGAUUUCCCGUCAUGCUAUAAAACUUCGUACAUUCUCGAUCAUCACGCGAGAUUUCGUUACUCCACCAGAACUUUCGGACGAGAGGAGACGCCAAGUUGAGGUGCUUUUUAGGCAUUUCCAUCACCAUGUUUGUGCCAAGACCAAUGGCGGUGCUACCAGUGGGUAUCAUGCUGCUGUUCCUGGGGCAGGCCUCUGUGGAUGCGGAGGUGUUCACAGCCCUGUGUGAUAUGGAGUACCUGGUACACAUGGAGAAGGACCUGGUGGAAUCCCUAGACCAGUACAUACAGCAGGAAGAGGACAAGUUGAACAAAAUUAAGACCUUUCAGUCGAGGAUCAAGGAAGUGUCCCAGAUGGCGAUGGAGGAGCCCAGCACACACCUGCACCACCCAGUCAAUGCCUACCUCCUGGUGAAGAGGUACACUCGAGACUGGCCCCUCCUGGAGGCUUUGGUACAGGAGGAUACUGCAGAAGAUUUUCUGUACAACUUGACCAAAGUGAAGGAGUCGUUCCCAUCAGACGAGGACUACAUGGGUGCAGGAAAGGCCCUGGUGAGACUCCAGGACACGUAUGACCUCUCCACUCAGAACAUCGCCAAGGGCAUGAUGGGUCGGGAAAUAGCUGCUGCUAAUCGACCAGAACUAGGCUAUACCAAGAGUCCAGAGCUGUCAUCAGAGGACUGUUUUGAGCUGGGCCGGCUGGCGUAUAUCGACCAGGACUACUACCACUGUGCCCUGUGGAUGGAGGAGUCGAUGGCCAGAUUCCAGCCCGACCCGACCUCCGAUCUCACCAAAGAUACCAUUCUGGAUUAUCUGGCAUAUGCCAGUUACCAGGUAUGGCUCGGGGAGUACGGAACUCAAAACAAUAUCGAGCGUGCAUACCAGGCUACCAAGGAGCUCCUUAGAAUCAAUCCUGAGCACACUCGUGCGAUCAACAACAUGAAGUUCUUUGAGAAAGAGAUGGAGAAGUCCCAGAACCUGGUGGCACCCCCGAAGGAUGAAGAUGUUGCAUCCAUAGAGCGAGGAGAAUACAAACGUGACUUGGCCAGAGACUACCUCCCAGAGAGAGAGAUCUACGAGCUUCUGUGUCAGGCAGAGCAACCAGACAUGUUCAACAUUACCCCUUCGAGGGCAAAGCACCUGAAGUGCCGGUACUUCACCAACAACAACCACCCACGUCUGCUGCUGGCACCCCAGAAGCUGGAGCAGGUCUUCGACAAGCCCAAGAUGUGGAUCUUCCACAACAUCCUGACUGAUCCGGAGAUGAAGGUCAUCAAAGAUCUGGCUCAGCCACGGUUACGACGAGCUACAAUCCAAAAUUCCAUUACAGGGGAGUUAGAACACGCAUCCUACCGCAUUAGCAAGAGUGCAUGGCUCCAGGGCUGGGAACACAAGGUGAUUCGCCGAGUGAACCAGAGAGUAGAGGAUGUGACAGGUCUUACCAUGGAGACAGCAGAAGAGUUACAGGUUGUCAACUAUGGCAUGGGUGGACACUAUGAACCGCACUUUGAUUUUGCAAGAAAAGAAGAGGUUAAUGCGUUCAAAAGCCUAGGGACAGGAAACAGAAUUGCUACCAUGCUGUUCUAUAUGAGUGAUGUGGAAGCUGGUGGGGCCACUGUUUUCCCACAAGUUGGUGCUAGACUAGUGCCAGAAAAGGGAGCUGGCGCGUUCUGGUACAACUUGUUUAAGAAUGGGGAGGGCGACAUGCUGACCAGACAUGCUGCCUGUCCUGUCCUGGUAGGAAGUAAAUGGGUGUCCAAUAAGUGGAUCCAUGAACGAGGUCAAGAAUUCCGCAGGAAAUGUGGACUGUCUCCAGAGGACUAGCGACAGCCCCCCACCCCCUCAUCCCAGGCCCAUGUAUAAACUAGCAGUACCCACAGUAUACAGUAUGAGUGUGAAACCUCAAACUGCUAAGUCAUAGAUUUUACCUGUACCAUUUUAGUCUUAAAAAUUAAGUUUUUGUAGCUAAAUGCUUGUGCAGCCACUAUUCAAACACAAAAUCAUGAUUAUUAAGUCUAAACAUGGUGCUUUUAAUUACAUGUUGCAUUGUAUUUUAAUCUUAAUGUGAUGAAGAAUGUUUUACACUCAGUUUUUAAAGACCGCGAGUGAAUUCUGGAAAUCUUGUCAUUUUAUUCAAUGCUUAUUUAAGUCGUAACAAACUUACAGUAGAAGGGAAUUCUACUUGCUAUUUGUCAAAAUGUGUACAUUUGUACACAAUGUAUCUUUACAGUAGUCAGUGACACAAAGGAGCUGAGUAGAAAAUGUGUCGCUGAAGCAGAUACGCACUGCUGAAUAAUAUGCGGAGCUUCAUGCAUUGCUCUAACAGCUGAACAGAAUGGAGUGCUGAAAGCUGGCAUAGGAACUAGGACAGUGUCUAGUGGAGCUCUUAGUAAUAAAUUAAACUUGUCUCCAAAAUACCUACAUGUGAAAAACUGUUCAAAUCUCAGGAGCUGGAACAAAGUAUAAUAUAUGUAAACCUUAGACUGUCACAGCAAACUCGAAAGCAACUCUCUGGUUAUCACUUAGACUGUAUUCUAAUAUUUUUGUUUGCUUCCAGGUAUUUCAAGAAAUACUUUCAAUUGUUUUUUUUAGGUACAAGCAAGACAUAGGAAUUGUUGCUGAUGCACUAUUGGUACUCUUCUGUUUUUACAAGAUAUACAUCUUUUAGCCGUGAAAAAGUGUUACAAAGUAAAGACAUGUUCUGUAGCAAUUUUUUCUGUUAAUUUGACUUAUAGCAAAUCCAAUAGUUCAAGUGCAUAUUUAACUUUAUUUUUGUCCUAUUAUUGCAAACAACUUUAUCUGACAGAAGUUCCUGAUCAGUGCAACAUAUCAUUUGUGUACCUUAAGUUGAUAAUAUUCAGUAUACUGCAAAAUACUUGGUAUUGUACAAUUGUAUGUGUCAAGUUAUUACUGGUAUUACCUUAAGACCACUGUACAAUGGACAACUGUACCUCCAUCAUAUAACGAGAUGGAUAUGGCAGACUCGAUUUGAGUUGACUUGAUAAUUUGUAAUCACACUUGCCCACAGAAAGCCUUAUUGUCACGGCACCUAGCACUAAAAAUUAAAAGGGCAGACAAAA